GCUCCCGGCGCCAGUCCCUCCCCUUCUCCGGGGCGGCGCGGUAAAGCCCGGCGAGUGGGCGGGGUCUGGGGGGCCUCAUCCAUCAAGGGCCCCGGACGGAGGGAUGUUCCCUACUCAGGAGGAGGCCGACAGGACGGUGUUUGUGGGGAAUUUAGAGGCCCGCGUGCGGGAAGAGAUUCUUUACGAGCUGUUCCUUCAGGCAGGACCACUAACCAAAGUGACUCUAUGCAAGGACAGAGAAGGAAAGCCAAAGUCCUUUGGAUUUGUCUGCUUUAAACACCCUGAAUCGGUGUCAUAUGCUAUAGCUUUGCUGAAUGGUAUUCGUUUGUAUGGAAGACCAAUUAAUGUGCAGUAUCGAUUUGGGAGUUCUCGCUCUUCUGAACCAGCUAACCAAAGUUUUGAGAACUGUGUAAAGAUAAAUUCACAUAACUACAGGAAUGAAGAAAUGUUGGGGAGAUCUCCCUUUCCCAUGCAGGUUUUUCCAGUUAAUAACACUGCUUUGCCCCAAGAAUAUUUUUUCUUUCAGAAGAUGCAGUGGCAUGCACAUAAUCCAGCGCUGCAGCUUCCUUACUAUGAGAUGACAGCUCCACUUCCAAAUAAUGCAUCUGGCACUUCUGCACUGAAGCCCAAUCCGGAGCCUGAGGCUGGACCCAGCUCUUACGAGUGGACCCAUCAACAAACAAGUGACUCUGACCUUUAUCAGAUGAAUAAAAGAAAGAGACAAAAGCAAACCAGCGACAGUGAUAGUAGCACAGAAAACAACAGAGGAAAUGAAUAUCAUCAAAAAUUCCGAAAAUACAAGAAAAAGAAAAGAUGUUGAUAUUAUCAUCAACAGAAAUUUAUCUGUGCUUUAAAAAGUCUGUAUUUUAUCAAACAACCAAUUUCUUUGUUGUCUUGUCUUCUUUGAAAAGUAUAACAUUAUGAUUCAUCUACUUUGCUGUUUGAUUUUAACCUUCAAUGACAAAGGGUUUUUUAAUAAUUUAAUGACCUACUUUUUUAUACUUGUCACAUCAUUCUUGACCAAUUGUUGAUAUGAAAUACACUGUCAUUUUAUUUUAGUGCUGCUGAUGAGAUUUCACCAAGUUAUUGAAUAAAAGUCACCUGCUGAAUAUUUAUGAAUUAGGUACCAUGUUCUCCCUAGAUUAUCACUGUAACUAACCUUCAACUACAAAUAAGCUGGGAUUAGAAGUGGAGCAGUGAAUUUCCUGAAAAACCUAAUGCAAAUGUUUAAAAUUUGUAUGUUGUGCCUGAUGAAUAUGUAAUAAACAAGCUUUAUUUCCCUUCGUUAAUAA